UGUUGCAGGAUCCUGCUGACCGUGGUGGUGAUCUUCAGGAUCCUCAUUGUGGCCAUUGUGGGGGAAACGGUUUACGACGACGAGCAGACGAUGUUCGUGUGUAACACGCUGCAGCCGGGCUGCAACCAGGCUUGUUACGACCAGGCGUUCCCUAUUUCUCACAUCAGGUACUGGGUGUUCCAGAUCAUCAUGGUUUGCACCCCCAGCCUCUGCUUCAUCACCUACUCUGUCCACCAGUCCGCCAAGCAGCGGGAGAGGAGGUACUCCACCGUCUUCCUCACCUUGGACAGGGACCAGGACUCCAUGAAACGAGACGACAGCAAGAAGAUCAAGAACACCAUUGUCAACGGAGUGCUGCAGAACACGGAGAACUCCACCAAGGAAGCUGAGCCCGACUGCCUGGAAGUGAAGGAAAUCCCCAACCCGGCCAUCAGAACCACCAAGUCCAAGAUGAGGAGGCAAGAAGGCAUCUCCCGGUUUUAUAUCAUCCAGGUGGUCUUUCGCAAUGCGCUCGAGAUCGGAUUCUUGGUGGGGCAGUACUUCCUCUACGGCUUCAACGUCCCUUCCAUGUACGAAUGCGACAGAUACCCUUGCAUCAAGGAAGUCGAGUGCUACGUCUCCAGACCUACGGAGAAGACUGUCUUCUUGGUAUUCAUGUUUGCGGUGAGUGGGAUUUGUGUGGUGCUCAACCUGGCCGAACUGAACCACCUGGGCUGGAGAAAGAUCAAAAUGGCUGUGAGAGGAGUACAAGCCAAAAGGAAAUCCAUAUAUGAAAUCCGAAACAAAGACCUGCCAAGAAUGAGCAUGCCUAACUUUGGCAGGACUCAGUCAAGUGACUCAGCUUAUGUGUGAGCCUGUGACAGAACUGAAACACUGUGCCAGGUGGAACAGACCCAGACAACAUUAGGGAAAGGUACAUUGCUUAGGCAAGCAUUUUAUCAAACCACCAAGAAAGCCAUUAAGGUAUCAGAUCUACACUUAUUGAACUAGAUACAAAAAUGCAGUACUACAUAAGAGACUGAAGAAACAGUUAUAAAACUAUGCUUGAUCUAGCCUUACAGCACAGUUACUUUAUUGCUAAUGAUCCAAUGUUAUCUUUUGAUUGGAGCAGUUUGUUUGGGUUAUCAUUAGGGUGAGAUUACAGUCUGGACUGUCUGACUAAUUGUUGUAAACAAGUGUAGAAUGUCCAUAUUUAAAAAAAAAAUUGCAAGGAUACUCUUUACUGGGGAGGGAGGGGAUUGUUGUGAUAUGCAAAUGUAAGCAUGCUCUAAAAGGAGGGUAAUUGCACUGUUAGGCACCUGACCACAAAUUCAGCCAGUACAUUUCUGCACUCCCAUCUCACAGAUGUCUGAAUUUAUUUCAUCCAUCCAGGUCACAGAGUUUCUUACUGGUGUGUAUUAUUAGCUAUUUUCAAAUAUAGGUCUGUACAACAGUUAAUUACACUAUACAGAGUAAUGCCGAAUAUUAUUUUGCCAUUUUUUGUUUGCCUGUCCACACACACCAGAGACCUUAAUCAUCUUAUGCUAGUUGUGAUCCACAAAAGUUGUCAGUACAUUUAAAAUAAUUCCCUGUGCAUAAAUGUGCAUAAAUAAGAUGGAAUUAAUAUUCAGCCAAGUUAUGUAUUAACCUAUGAUGAUCUAACAGACAUACCAAAGGAACAGAGUUUGUUGCUUUUAACUGUGAAUAUGUCACCUUCUUUCUGCUCUUAUUUAUAUAAGUGCCAUACUUGAAACAUCUAACUCUGUACUUUGUCAAAAGGUCGUCCGGGGUAACAGCUGGAGUAAUGUGGUUUUAUACUCUCCUAUGUUUCUUUUAUGCUAUUUGUUUAGUCAUUGCAAUGGUGUAAAAAAGCAGCUAAUAAUUCUAUUGAUAAAUAAAG